GUGCGCGGAGCUCCGUGGCUGCGCUGCUGGAACCCGCUGGAAGAGAUACAGGUUUACUCUGGAGCAGCAGCAGCUGGCGGAGCAAUGGAGAUGCAAUCCUAUUAUGCCAAGCUUUUGGGGGAGCUGAAUGAACAGAGAAAGAGGGACUUUUUCUGUGACUGCAGCAUCAUUGUGGAAGGGCGGAUCUUCAAGGCCCACAGGAACAUUUUGUUUGCUAACAGCGGCUACUUCCGAGCCCUGCUCAUUCACUAUAUCCAGGACAGCGGGCGGCAUAGCACCGCCUCUUUGGACAUUGUCACCUCUGAUGCCUUCUCCAUUAUCUUAGAUUUCCUCUAUUCUGGGAAGUUGGAUUUGUGUGGGGAGAAUGUGAUUGAAGUGAUGUCGGCUGCCAGCUACCUGCAGAUGAAUGAUGUGGUGAACUUCUGCAAGACAUACAUUAGGUCAUCCCUCGACAUUUGCCGAAAGAUGGAGAAGGAGGCUGCUGUGGCUGCAGCAGUGGCGGCAGCAGCGGCGGCGGCUGCAGCGGCGGCGGCAGCGGCGGCUCAUCAGGUUGACAGUGGAAGCCCCAGUUCAGGCCGGGAGGGUACCUCCUGUGGUACCAAGAGCUUGGUCUCCUCUCCAGCCGUGGGAGAAAAGAGCGUGGACUGCCUGAGAGAGUCCCCUUGCGGUGACUGCGGAGACUGCCAUCCCUUGGAACUGGUGGUGAAAGACAGCCUUGGCGGUGGCUCGGCUGACAGCGACCUCUCUACUCCACCCAAACGGAUAGAGCCCAAGGUGGAAUUUGAUGCUGAUGAAGUGGAGGUGGACGUUGGUGAACAGCUGCAGCAGUAUGCUGCCCCGCUGAACCUGGCCCACGUGGAGGAGGCCUUGCCCAGCGGCCAGACGGUUGACUUGGCUUACAGCAACUACCACGUGAAGCAGUUCCUGGAGGCGCUCUUGCGCAACAGCGCUGCCCCGAGCAAGGAUGAUGCUGACCAUCACUUUUCUCGGAGUUUGGAGGGAAGACCAGAAGGUGCAGGAGUAGCCAUGAGUUCUAUGAUGGAUGUCCAGGCUGACUGGUAUGGAGAGGACUCAGGUGAUGUGCUGGUGGUCCCCAUCAAGCUCCACAAGUGUCCUUUCUGCCCUUACACUGCCAAGCAGAAGGGCAUCCUCAAGCGGCACAUCCGUUCACACACAGGCGAGCGGCCCUACCCCUGUGAGACCUGCGGCAAGAGGUUCACGCGACAGGAGCACCUGCGGAGCCACGCCCUGAGUGUCCACAGAUCCAACCGUCCAAUCAUCUGCAAGGGCUGCAGGAGAACAUUCACAAGUCACCUGUCCCAGGGGCUGCGGCGCUUCGGGCUGUGUGACAGCUGCACCUGCGUUACAGACACACCCGACGAUGACGAUGAUUUGAUGCCUAUCAACCUAAGCUUGAUGGAGGCUUCAUCCGAAAGCCAAGAAAAGAGUGACACAGACAAUGACUGGCCAAUCUAUGUGGAGUCGGGUGAGGAAAAUGACCCCGCUGGAGAUGAUUCUGAUGACAAACCACAAAUUCAGCCCAACUUAUCAGACCGAGAGACACUUACGUAG